AUGCUGCUACAGCUCAACCACAUCAAGCCGUACUUCCAGUUGUUCGAGGACACGGAUUUGAAGACGCUGCGCGAGGUUGUGGACGUCGACCUGUACUCCUACAUCACCAUCACCAAGUUGCUGCUUCAGGAGCUCAUCGCCCGCGACGCCACCCUGGUUGCCGUGUCGUCAGCGGCAGGGAAGAUUGGCGUACCGUAUGCGGCCGUCUACUCUGCAUCCAAGCACGCCCUGCACGGCUUCUUUGAUUCGCUGCGCCUGGAGGUGUACAUGACCCACCCGUCCUCCAAGAUGAGCAUCACCACCUGCGUCAUUGGGAACAUUGACACAGAGUCGGCAAAGCGCGUCACCGCAGGAAAAGUGCGCCACCCAACACGCGCCUCUCCAGACGACACCGCGCUUGCCAUUGUCACGGGGGCGCUGAGGAAGCAGCGAGAGGUCUAUUUCCCGCGUCUGGAAGUGACGCCCAUCCCCUAUCUGCGCGCCUUCUUCCCAUCUCUCACAGACUACCUCAUUGUCAAUUCCAUGGAGGCCCCACCCAAUCGCGACUCCUCCCUCCCGAGCGGUGCCGGCGCAAACUAG